CGCGCUCGGCGCCGGGCGGCGGAGACCCCGGGAGGCGGGCCGGGUGCCGGCUGCGCGGCCCGGGAGCCUCAGCGGGUCUGAGGGCCCCCAGCCCGACAGCAGCGGUGGCGCCCGCGGCCCCUGAGCCAACUGAGGACGCGGCCGCGAGGCGGCCACGCCCAGAGAGCGAGAGAGCAUAUGGGAGCAGAAGAGAGGGGCAGAGGGAGACAAAGAGAGGCCCUACACUCAGAGAGCCUCCCAAACAGGCUUUAUACUCAGCAAGGAGCCCAACAUAAGGCUCCCAAGAUCCUGGGAUCAUGACCUGAGCUGAAAUCAAAAAUGGGAUGCUCAACUGACUAAACCAUCCCGGCACCCCAGGAAAAGAUGGACUUUUAAAUAAAAACAGUCAUGUGGAGUCACUGUAACUAAGAUAAGUUCCAAAUAUGUCUGAGGCUAAAAUUUUUUUUAAUUAAAAUUGAGGGUCAUGUCAGCAAAAUGGCAAGAUGAGCAGUUUGAAGCUCAUGUUCCCACACAAACAUUGAAAAACAGGCAGUAACUGUUAGAACCAACUUAGAACUCUGGAAAGUAAUCCAGGGUGUAUAGCAGCCAAGCAAAUGGUGUAUAGAGAAAAAUGCAACUCGGGAUGCUUGGCUGGCUCAGUUGGUGGAGCAUGUGACUCUCGAUCUCAGGGAUGUGAGUUCAAGCCCCACGUUGGGUGUAGAGACUACUUAAAAUAUGUUCUAAAAAAUUGCAACUUAAAAACAGUGGCAAAAAAAAAAAAACAUAAAUAAAAAAUGGGUAAAGGACUUGAACAGACCUUUCUCCAGUGAAGGUAUGUAUAGACAAAUGACCAGUAAGCACAUGAAGAAGAUUCUCAACAUCCCUAAUCGCAAUGAGAUACCACUUUAGUAGGAUGGGUAUUCCUCAAUAAAAGAAAAUAGCAAGUACGGGGUGCCUGGCUGGCUCAUUAGUAGAGCAUGUUACUCUUGAUCUCGGGGUUGUGAGUUUGAGUACCAUGUUGGGUGUGGAUAUUACUUAAUAAAAUAAAACAACAAGGCAAGGAUGUGGAGAAAUUAGAACUCUGGCAGGAAUGUAAAAUUAUUCACAGUAGCCAAGAGGUGGAAACAAUCCAAACGUCUGUCAAAAGAUUAAUGUGUAAACAAAAUGUAUAUACAUGCAAUGGAAUAUUAUUUAGCUGUAAAAAGGAUGAGUUUAUGUUAAGUGAAAUAAGCCAGACACAAAAGGACAAAUAUUGUAUGAUUCUAUUUAUGUGAAAUACAAGACAAACUCAUAGAGACAGAAGGUAGAAAAGAGAUUACUAGGGACUGGAAAGAGAGAAGAAUAAAGAAUUAUUGUUUAAUGGGUACAGAGUUUCUUUUUGGGAAGUUGAAAAACUCUUGGAAAUGGAUAGUGGCAAUGGCCAUACAACAUUGUAAAUAUAAUUGAUGCCAAUGAAUUGUAUACUGUACAUCUUGUCAGUUUGCUUCCCCAAGGAAUUGUAAGAAUGAGAAUAAGAAUGUUACAUUCACUUUUGUUUGUUAAACCAAAGGGCACAUUGUAAUUUUUUAUCAUAAUUUUUAAGAAAUAUUUCUUUUGUUGGAAGCUUAUUAGACUCCAGAAUUUAUUUUUUAUUAUUUUUAUACUUUGUAGAUGAAAAUGAGAGCUUCAAGUUUGGUCACUCAGGUCCUUAAGACGCUUGCAGUGCUACUUUAAGAGUACCUAAUAAUUUAUGUCAAAGAAUAUUCAUGCAUAAAAAUACAUGUAUCUAAAAUUCUAAAUUGAGGAAUUUAGCUUUUGUUUAUUUUUACUUUUACAGUAAGGCAAAAGAGAAUGAAAGAAGUAGAUAACCUUGAAAGUAUCAAAGAAGAAUGGGUCUGUGAAACGGGAUCUGACAACCAACCUCUUAGUGAUGAUCGACAAACAAAUUGUGAAUAUUUUGUUGACAGCCUUUUUGAGGAAGCUGAGAAGGUUGGUGCCAAAUGUGUGUCUCCCACUGAACAGAAGAAACAGGUAGAUGUUAGUAUAAAAUUAUGGAAAAAUGGAUUCACGGUCAAUGACGAUUUCCGAAGUUACUCUGAUGGUGCAAGUCAGCAGUUUCUAAACUCCAUCAAAAAGGGGGAAUUACCUUUGGAAUUACAGGGAAUUUUUGAUAAAGAGGAGGUGGAUGUUAAAGUUGAAGACAAAAAAAAUGAAGUAUGUGUGUCAACGAAGCCGGUGUUCCAGCCCUUUUCAGGACAGGGUCAUAGACUGGGAAGUGCCACACCAAAAAUUGUUUCUAAGGCAAAGAGUAUUGAAGUCGAGAAUAAAAAUUUGUCUGUUGUUCAGCUAAACAACCUGGAACCCAUCACUAACGUACAGAUCUGGUUAGCCAAUGGAAAACGGAUUGUCCAGAAAUUUAACAUUUCUCAUAGGAUAAGCCACAUCAAAGACUUCAUUGAAAAAUACCAAGGAUCUCAGAGAAGCCCUCCCUUUUCCCUGGCCACAGCUCUUCCUUCCCUCAGAUUGCUAGAUGAAACACUCACACUGGAAGAAGCAGAUUUACAGAAUGCUGUAAUCAUUCAGAGACUCCAAAAAACCGCUGAACCUUUUAGAGAACUUUCAUAACGUUGAUUUUUGAUACACUAAGUGGAAAGUUUGCAGAGAAAUGAUGGUUGUAAAUGAACACUCAAACCAAAAUGAGGGAAAGUAGAUCUGAUUUGCUGGACUUUUGGUUAGAGCGCUAUUUAACUCCCUCCUGAUGAGAAGAUUUUAAAUAAGUACAAGUUAGGAAUGUAAACUAUGACUGGAAACUGUAUUCAAUGCACUUUUUCCAAAAGGCUACUCAGAAAACACUUAUUUUCAAAUACCAGUUAUUCAACAAUAAGAUAUAUUAAAUCACUAUAUCCUAUAGAAUCUAAGUAUGAUAUAAAUUAGCAAAUGUAUUCACACAUCAUUCAUUCAGAUGGUCCCAACCAGCAGUGAUUUGUUACAAUGUCAGCUAUCUCAGAUUUUUUAAAUAGCAAUACAUUAAGAAAUUUGUACAUGCAAAUUCAAAGCACCAAUGUAAUUAUUUUAUACCUGGGAUACAGUCAGAAGGCUAGAAAGGACUACUUUCACCACAAGUAUGCCUGAACCUCAAAGUGUUCUCAGUUUUUAUUCUCUAAUGGCAAGAUAUACUCAACUAUUAAUUUGGCACAGUAUCUAAAAUAUAUUUUUAUUUAAGAAUAAAAUUGAGCAGUGUAGUAUAAUGUCAAUAGUAAUCUGCCUACUCACAUUUCUAUACUUUCAAGAAGUGUAAUCUUUAAAAAAUUUCUAUCCAGGAAUCCAACUUAAUCCCUUAUUUUCUUUUGAAAAUUAGGGUUUUGUUUUUAGCUAACAUUUUGAGUAAACCUUUCAUUUGCUACCACUCAUGUAGAAUCUGUUCUAAUGCCUGUGUUGGCACAUUGCUAAUAUUUUUUAAAUGCAUCACAUGAACUACGGUUUCCUAUUCCAUAUAUCAGAGUCAACCUGUGUAUACGUUAAAGGAUUAUUUAUUUAUUUACGUUCUGAUGCCACCAAGGGAAACAUGUUUAUUUUAAACUUCUAACUAAAACUGGUUAGACUUGAAUAUUUCAUUGUCAGAUUGAAUUCCCUUGCCUGAACAUAAGUUUAAGAAGCUUAUUUUGCAAAUUCUCUAUUUGAAUCUUAUUUAAAGUGAAAUGUACAUUCAAUGUGCCAAGAAACUAAGUAGCCAUACCUGUCAGCAGUAAUGUCCAUAGGGCAGUAGUGGGUAUCUGCCAGAAAGAACAGUUCUCAAACUUUUUGGUCUCAAGACCUUUUGUUUAUGUGUGUUAUAUAUAUAACAUUGAAAAUAAAAAGUUAAAAGAUAUUUAUUCAAUAAAAUAAUAAGCACAUGUUAGUAUAAAUCACAUUUUAAUGAAAAAUGCAUUUUCUAAAAAAGAUUUCGUGAAAAAAGUGGCAUUGUGUUCCAUUUUUUGCAACUGUCUUUACGGUCUGAGUUAAAGAAGACAGAUGGAACCUCACGUCUGCUUCCACAUUCAAUCUGUUGUGAUAUUGCACACCAUGUAGCUGCUAGUAAACGCAACUGUAUGUUCAUAAGAAAAUGAAAAAAAAAAGCAAAUAAUGUCUUAGUUUGAUUAUGAAAAUAGUUUUAACUUUGUGGACCUCUUGAAAGAACCAUUCUUACAAAGCAGUGGUUCACAGUAAUUCUCAAACCUUCAUGUAAGAAUCACUUGGAAAGCAUUUCAAAAUGUCUAUUCCAGGCACCUACCAGACGCAUUCUGAUUUAUUGUGUCUGGGAUGGGUCCCAGAUCUCUGCAGGUUUAAUUUCAUCUGAUUCUUAGGUACACAGGAGAAGUACCCGUGUUCAGGAAAUCCAACACUAUGCUUCCACCCUAAGAAAGAAAACCUGCCUGCUUCAUUCACUGUGAACAGUGGAAGACUCCACUGAAAUGGGACUUCUAGACCUUUAAGUUGUGUCCUUAUCUCACACAGUUGGUCCUUAGACUGUUCCCCUCUCACUCUUAACUAAUCAUGAUAGAAACUUAUACUUCGUCUUCUCUAAGCAGAGCUGAGAUGAGGGUGGAACAUUUAAGUGAGAUUUUUAAUAGAAGCUCAGGAAUAACAAAAGGGAAAUAUACACAUAGCUAGGUGACCUGGUUUAUAAGAUAUGCCUUCUGUUUGAGGUCCAUAGUAAGAGUGCUUGCUUUUCUGGCUCCCAGCCUUACAAAUGGUAGAGGCCUGUCCUUUUAUUAGGAAGAGAGAGAGAGAGCAAAGGAGAGCCUUUUGCUUUUGUCAUUUACUCUCAGAAAUGAACAGAUACAUAAUAGAAAAUACUGUCAGUGAUGUUUACAGCUCUGUUAGAGCUCUCUCUCUCUCUCUAGUGAAACAAAAAUAGUGGCGUUUUGACAAAAAAUGAAAGGAUGGUAAAAAUCAGCGAACUGUUUCAAAUAUAAAAUGAUUGUUAGUGUAUUUUUCAGCCUCUAAGAAAAUGUUUCCCUAGACCUAUCAUGAAACAUUUUAUAAUUUGAUAUGCAUAAUUCUAGUCAAUAUGCGAUUCUGCAUUUUUUUCUAUAAAGGGGCUUCUUGUUGGAAAUAUUUUUCUUGUACCUAUAGAAAAGCCUCCUUUGUGGAUUUUCCAGUUUAUAAUUAUUUAUCCACAAGAUACAUAGGGGGCUUUCUUGUGUGUACAUGUAGAAUACACCCCAGUGACAAGUUCCUACAAAGACCCAUCAUCAGCAGUAACCUUCAUUUUUUAACUGUGAAAACUUUCAUUAAUGUGAAUAAUAUUCUCAGAGGUUUUCUAAAAUGAGAAUCAUCUGAUAAAGCUGUCUACCUUAAAGUUUAAAAUUGUAAAGUUGUUAAUUAAAUAUGUAGAAUACACAAAACAUACUUUAGAAAAUAUAGACUGAAUUUGGUUUGGCAAGGGAAGGCAGACUUGAAAAUCAUCAAACACUUUGGGUGUAGGACACAAUUUGACCUGUGUAGUUGUUUCAGAACUCGUCAAUCAGUUUCUUGAGAAUCAUUGUUAAGGCUGAAACAUAGAAGUACAUUUCUAGUUUUACAGAUUCUGAUUUAAUGGUUAAAUUACUGUACGUUAUGCAGGCUACAAAACUGGCCUUAUUUAUUUUAUAUACUUUUCUCAUUCAGAGUACUUUUUUCAUUGUGUUUGUGUUAAAAUAUAGUAUGUUUGCAUCUAUUUCAGUGCCUUAUUUUAAAAGCAAUCUUUUGCUAAUGGUUAAAGAACUGUUGUCUUUAGAAUGAAAUAAUUCAUUAAAAGGAUCUGUGAAAUAGUCUACAUCUGUCUCAUAAAAUAGUUACAUCUGGAUGCAUUUGUUAUUUUUAUUUGGCAAAGACCUUCAGUUUGAGAAUCAACGUUUAUUAGGUGCCUUCUGUUUGUCAGGUACUUUAAUCAGUGUUACUUUCAUUCAGUACUCAAAAGUGUUAAGAUACGGUAGUUUUAAUACUCAGAGGUGGGUGUUUUAAAAACCAUUUGUGUCCUGAGUUGAACUAGCAUGAAAACUUGGUAGAGUUUACUUCUUUGUUCUUUCUCUAAGUACAAACCAUUUAAUUAAAAAAUUGCUCAUCACACUAAA